CUCAAAUCAUUUUCUCCAGUCUUACAGGGGGUACUUCAAAAAUCUGGCAUGGCAAUAAAAGAAAUCUGCAAAUAUCAUAUUUAAAAACUCAUAUCAAGGACAUGAAGAUAUUGACCUUGUGGAGGUGCUGAACUGCCACAAUAAUCACAAAAUUGAGGCAAUAGAAGUCUGAUGAUAACAUUUCAAAAUGGCAUAUAUGGUGUAGAAAGGGAACGCUCUGAAUGAAGAGUUACUAAAAUCCAACAAAUGAAAAAGUCACACAUGUAAGAAAGAGGUGGACCUGCUCGGAGCUGGGAUUAAAAAUGAAUUAUACAUGUGAAGAUGGACAUGAUCUGAAGUUAUAUCAGCACCUGAUCUAUGCAGUAACCUACACAGUUAUCCUUGUGCCGGGACUCGUUGGCAACGUGCUGGCACUUUGGGUCUUCCGCGCGUACAUCAGAGAGACCAAGAAGGCAAUAGUGUUCAUGAUAAACCUGGCUUUGGCAGACCUCCUCCAAGUGCUCUCAUUGCCUCUGAGGAUCUAUUAUUACUUAAAUGACACUUGGCCCUUUGGACGUUUCCUCUGCAUGUUCUGCUUCUAUCUAAAAUAUGUGAAUAUGUAUGCUAGCAUCUACUUCCUGGUCUGCAUCAGCGUGCGUCGCUGCAGUCUCGUCAUCCACCCACUGAAGUACAGCAGCAACAAACAGCGCUUUGACCUCUGUUUCUGCACAGCCGGCUGGAUCAUCGUCUGCCUCGGCUGCUUACCGUUCCUCCUGUUGCGGCAGGGACCGGGCAAGUCCCUCUGCUUUUCAGAACUACCUAUUGUGAAGCUGACUGUGCCAGCCGGCGUUGCAAUCAUUGUGCUGGCAGAACUGCUGGGUUUCAUCCUGCCACUCACUGUGGUGCUAACAUGCUCAUGGCGAACAGCAGUCAGCUUGCGCGGGAAAAGCAGAAGACUUCAGCACAGUGCAGAGAAACGGAAAGCACUGAAGAUGGUCCUCUACUGUACAUUGGUAUUUCUCAUCUGUUUUGCGCCAUACCACCUCACCUUCCCCUUACACUUCUUGGUAAAGUUCAACGGAGUGGAAAACUGCAUCUUCCGUGAUGUCAUUUUCAAGUGCCACCCAGUUGCGCUGUGCUUGGCCAGCCUCAACUCCUGCUUGGACCCCAUCAUGCACUACUUUACCACAGAGGAGUUCAAGAGGCGGCUGUCCCUCCAUGAGAUUCCUGAAAACCUCAAACUAUUCAGUCAGCCUAGGCGUGCACGGUUAGUGCUUCCAAAAUCGAGUGAGGGAGCCUAAGGACAAACUGCAGCCAGACAAGGGAAAUCGCUGUCCUGCAAAGGGAAUGCCAGCGUGAAACUUUAUCAAUUUCUAUGGGGAAAUUUGACUAAUUAAAAAGCACCCAAUGAGAUUGUUUGUCAGUUAACUUCAUAACGCAGAAAACAGCUCUUUUAGAAAUAUUAUUUGGAUUUGGAAUUUAUUACCACUUGAAAAGAAUGUUUUACUUAAAACUAUUUGAUGUAUUUUUAUAAACAAAUGAUUUCGUUAUAAAAUCAAUAAAUUUGCAAUAGUUUUACUCAAUUAAGCAAGCAUUCCCAGACUUCCUGUGAGCGCUUUAUGUCUCACAUAUAUAAGUACGCAAGUUCUAGGGUCAGUCGGCACCAAGCACUCCUGAAGCAUUUGGAGUUAUGGCUGUUGCCAAAGGGCCCAACAGUGAAAACAGUGGCUGUGAGAUUUGAAUCGAUGACAUUCCAGACACAGGCACAGAUCACUAACUGCAGAGCUACCCACGUAGCUCGUGGGAGGGUGGGAUUAUGGCCAAUCAAUUCAAUUAUACAUGGGAGGGGUACGGGUUUAGCGCAAUCCAUAAUUAGUAUAAUAAAAAAAGAGCUUCUGUUCCAGAACCCGAAUGUCACUCAAUCACCAUGGCAAAUGGUGCUCUGAAUUAAACCAACUCUAGCGUAGGCUUAGCUAACAGAAAGUCAGGAUUUAAAGUACAGGACUGCGGUUGUGUCAGCAGAGGUCAGCAGUUUGAUUCGGUGCUCCCAUUUCUUCAAGCGAUGACCGACAUAGGAGUGGACAUUCUUCUCUGGUUAGUCGUUCUGUCAUUUGCUGACAAAUACUUCAGUUUCUCAUCCCAGUCCAUGAUUUUUUCCCCUGGGAUCAGUAAAGUUAAAUUUGAUUUGGUUAAAAUGUCUCUUAUUUAUCUGAACACCCUUUUUCAGGCUCUCGUUUCAAACAUGACACACCAUGGAUUUGCACUAAAAUUGUUACAAACUUUAUGCAUCACCUUCCAUUUUUUUACUUUCUACCAUGUAUGCUACCAUGUAUACUCGAACAGCUACUGAAUAUUUUUGUAGUUUUUCCUGCACAUACACCACUGAGAAUGAAUGAGACAUAGUUCAAAAUACAGGUUUUUCAUAUGCAUUAUUACUGAAAUGUUUAUUGUUGCAUUAUGACACUGAAACUGCCACAGCUGCAGUCUCUGUCAUACUUAUGUCAUGGCUGAUUAGAUGGUCUACGGCUGUAUUCAUUUGAAAUUGCUCUGCAUCUGUGACUCCCAAUACCACUUACAAUACUACCCUGUACUGUAAACCUGUUGGCCAACAUAAUGGAUGUAUUUGACAGUUUAUGACUGUUGUCCGUAGUAUUUUGUCUUUUAAGAUUACACAAUAAAAAUGUUUCAUUCAUAUGAAAGUAAUCAGAGACAGUUGUUGCUUCAACAAUUGAAUUUUAUGUGAAGGCACAGGAAAAUGCUUAAAAUUCUAUAAAUGCGAUGUUGAUUUGAGGA